GAGCCGUGGUCAUCGCCUUCGUUGUCUGCUGGCUGCCCUAUCACGCCCGCCGCCUCAUGUUUUGCUACGCCUCAGACGACCUGUACGACUUCUACCACUACUUCUACAUGCUGACCAACGUGCUGUUCUACGUCAGCUCGGCCAUCAACCCCAUCCUCUACAACCUGGUGUCAGCGACGUACCGCCAGGUCUUCUUUGCCACACUGCGCUACUUCUUCCUGCCCUGCCGCCACACGCCCAGAAGGCAGCUGCACCCCCUGACCCGCCACUCCAUCAGUAUUUCCAGCAACCAUACCUUCACCACCAACAUCAUCAAAGAAACGACGUACUGAGCGUGCCUUGGAGCCUU